CUGGAUCCCCAUAAAAGCCAUGUCCGGGACAGUGCAGCAACAUAACGCAUCCAACAGCCAUGUCAUUGAAGUGGCUCUUGCUCGUCGCCCUGGUGGCGCUGCUCAGCAUUGGAACAGGUUCCCUGGCCCAGCCACGGAGGUCCAACGUCCGAGCCAGACCCGCUGUGGACCAGCAGGUUCGCCUCCAGCGCUUGAAUGCCAAAUACUAUGCCAUUCAGCAGGACGAAGAGGAUGGCGACGACAUCCUCGAGCACGAAGAGGACCUGGUCGACGAUAGUGAGGACGCGGAGGGAGAUGAUAUCAAGGAUGGAGAGGACGGAGAGGAGGAGGACGAAAGCACCGAAGCUGAAAAGGAAAACCAAAAACUGGAUACCAAAAAGGUGACCGCCAACUCCACACCCGCCAAGCCAAAGACCGAAGUCAAGCACCAGUUGGCGAGGAGGGAGGAGUCCAUCGACGAACUGCAGAACCUUAAGGAGCCCGAGCUUGAGCAGGAAAUCAAGCUCGCACGCGCUGAGCCUCGUAAUCGCCGGCGCGGAGGCAGACGGAACAGCAACAGAGGACGCAGGGGGCGUGGCAGCAGCAAACGCAGGAGUGGAAACCGCAGGUGCGGCGGCAGGAGAAAGCGCGGCCAGCGGAAACGCUCUCCUUCAAAGCGCAGCGGCAACAAACGACGAACGGGCUCCAAAACCAAGGGACAGGGUCAGAAAAACAAAACAGUCGCCAAAAAGGAAGCUGUUGCUCCAUCAAACAAGGUGGCCUAAAGCGGUAAAUACUCCCACCAACGAAUGCAGCUUUUAAACUCAUUUGAAAAGCAGCGAAAAUCCUAAUAAAUAAACCA